UAGGAGGGCGGGCCGCGCGUGUGGGCGCGGGCUCCGAGGGUCAGAAAGGAUCACUGGAGAUGGUCUUUUAAUGGAGGAAAGAGGCAAUUGAGUCCAGCCGGGGGACUUCUGCCGCCGUAGGGAGAGGAUACCAGUUCUCAAAGGCUUCUGGCUCUUGGGAGCAGCACCAGGGCCCAGGGAGACAAUGGUCUCAGUGACUAUGGCUCUGCACUCUGGGGUUGCCAAAGCUCUGAGCCACUUCUGAGUGGAUCCAGUUCUUUAAGGAAGCCGGCAUUCCUCCGGGGCCUGCUGUCAAUUACGCGGUGAUGUUUGUGGAUAAUAGGAUCCAGAAGAGCAUGCUGCUGGAUCUCAACAAAGAGAUCAUGAAUGAGCUGGGCGUGACUGUGGUGGGCGAUAUCAUUGCCAUCCUCAAGCACGCCAAGGUGGUGCACCGCCAGGACAUGUGCAAAGCUGCCACUGAGUCCGUGCCCUGCAGCCCCAGCCCCCUCCCUGGUGAGAUCCGCCGAGGUGCCUCUAGCGCUGCCUCUCGAAUGAUCGCCAACAGCCUGAACCGCGACUCCCCACCUGGCACUCCCCCCAGGCGGCCGGACACCAGCACCUCCAAGAUCUCGGUCACUGUGUCCAACAAGAUGGCAGCAAAGAGUGCCAAGGCUGCCGCCCUGGCCCGGCGGGAGGAGGAGAGCCUGGCUGUUCCCACCAAGCGGCGCCGAGUCACUGCUGAGAUGGAGGGGAAGUACAUUAUCAACAUGCCCAAAGGCACCACCCCCCGGACCCGCAAGAUCCUGGAGCAGCAGCAGGCAGCGAAAGGUCUCCAGAGGACAUCCGUGUUUGACCGCCUCGGUGCCGAGACCAAGGCAGACACGACGACGGGGAAUAAACCCACAGGAGUCUUCAGCCGCCUCGGGGCCACCCCAGAGACGGACGAGGAUCUGGCUUGGGACAGCGACAAUGACAGCAGCAGCUCUGUCCUGCAGUAUGCUGGGGUCCUGAAGAAGCUGGGCCGGGGCCCGGUGAAGCCCAGUCCCCAGCCAGCACUGACUGUCAAAGCCAAGGCCACAAGCUCGGCCACGACAGCUGCCAUGCCAACACUGCGGCGCUUGGCCCUUUCCUCACGCCCUGGGCUUGAGAGGAAGCCGGAGUCCCUGUCCAAAGUCAGCAUCAUCCAGAGACUGGGCAAGGCUGCCCUUGUGCCCGAGGCCCAGGACAGCCAGGUCACAAGCACCAAGAGUAAGUCCUUGGCCGAGGUCAAGGUCACCAUUAAGAGGACUCUGGUGGGGCCCCGGGGGAGCAGCUCCAGUGAGGGCCUGGGCGCCCAGAUGGACCAUGCAGGCACAGUGAGCGUGUUCAAAAGACUGGGCCGCAGGACCUUCUAGCCUCUGGGCGGGGCGCAGGCCCCUCUCCACGCUCCUGGCUCCGGUGGAGGCUCCGGUGAGGCUGCGCCCGGCCCUCUGCUGGCUCCCUCUGCUGGCUCCCGGAUGACACUGCUUGUCUCCCUCAGGCAUUCGAGCCGGCCCAAGCUUUCUGGGAAUUCACCCCAGUAUUCUGAGACCGAGAUGGUCGCUGUGGCCAGGCCUUGCUGCUCUAGGACUUUCCUUUCUCAUGUCCUUUGCUCUCUCCUCUCUGACUGUGGCCUUUGGCAGGACCCACUUUUCUACCGCUCCCAGAGCCAAGCGCUCUUUUCCCGCCUCUGUUCCCCCCUCCUGCCCGCCCCCCCGCAGCAUCUGCUGCGUCCACCCCAGCUCCCCAGACUUCCCAUCCCCCAGAGUCCCCCCGACCUUGCCCAUGUCCCGACUUCCCCUCUGCCCCCUCUGCCCGCUCCUUUAACUUCUCCAUCUCUCCCUCUCUUCACACUGUUCAUUUCUCUUCUGUUUUCUGUCCCUGUGGCAAGGCCCGACUGUGCGCUGCGUCCUGCCUGACCCUCCUGCGCCUCCGGCCUCCCAGCGGCCCCCUCGUCGGCGGUGGCGUCGAGCCUGUAGAGACUGUUAGCCGCCCUCACGCCCAGGCUGGAGGGACCGCCCCUGACCCUGGGCUGCAGCGGGCUGCCUCGGUUUUCCUGUCCUGAGCAUCUUUUUCUCUGACAGCCCAUGGCGGGUGGUAGACAAGGGUCACCGGGAAGGGAGGCCAGCGCCGGGAGAAAAAGAAGAAAACGGCUGUUUUAAUAUAUUUUUGUGACUUUCAAA